AUGAAAGCAAAUAGUUUUGAUGAAGUUAAAAUUCAAUUUGAAAAGUUUUUAUCUGUAUUUCGUAAUGUUUUAACAUCAGAAAAUGAAAUAAAUAUUAUUCAAAAUAAACUUCGACGACGUUUUAAUACGACAAGAUCAGGUUAUCUAUGUUCAAAUGAAUUUAUAUCAUUGCUUAAUCAUAUGCACAAUCUAUUUGUUGACAAUAAGAAAUCAGCAAAAUAUUAUACAGAAUUAGCUUCAUUCGAUGAACAAUUGAAAAAAAAUUCUAUUAAAUCAUCCAGGCCGCAUUCAUCGUCAACUACAGUCUCGAUUGAUGCAUCGUCCACAGUAACUUCUAUAAAACCUAUCGAUGCUAAUGACAAUAUUACCGAAGCAUCUCCUGUCAGUCCACCAAAAUCAACUAUUGAAUAUGAAACAUCAAUAGCAGAAGUUCAAGAAACAAUCGAUCAUCUUGUCGAUCAAUGUUGUACAAUUGUAUCGGUAUCCAUCAAAUCAAGAACACAUUUUUUCGACAACAAAGUAACAACUUCUACGCCUUUAAACAGCGACAGAAAGAAUAAAAGAAAAGUAAUCAAACUAGAACGAAGAUUAAGUCGUUUAUCAAGAAUAAUACGUGAAUUAGAAGAAAAAGAUAUGUCACUUGAUGAAAUGGCUCACUGUGAUUUAUAUGUCGUGGAAUCCAAUUUAAAAAAGCAAGCAUGUGAAAUUCAUAGUAAAAUUGCUAAACUUAAAAGUCAAACACCUACUAUUGAAAGAAUUAUUCAUCAGCCGAUCGUUCUCAGUGAAUCUGAAAUUGGUCAUCCAUUAAUCAAUAAAAACCUAGAAGAAAUGGUGAAUCAAGCUAAACAUUUCCCUUCGUUUAGUGAUAUACUUGAUACAGUAGAAAAAGUCAAUGAUAAACAUAAACUUAAUCUUGAUGAAGAAGCUUGUAACAAAUUUGCUGAAAAAUCUUUUAAAAUUAUUGGAAGAAAAAUAAAAGAUCGACGAAUGGCAGAUUUUAACGAUAUUAUGUACAGUCGUCUUCCGGCAGAUUUCAAUAUCGAACAAGAUGAUCCAGCUUUACAUAAUGUUGAAAUUGAAAAAGUUCUAUCAGAAAAUCAUCGCGAAGCUUUGAUUAAAACUGAGAAAAUUUUUGAAGAAUUUUCUCAAAUUGAACCUAACUCAGAGGUGGAAGCAAAUGUCAAAUCUACUGAAGAAGAAUCUGUAAGUGAACAAGAAGAAGAAACCAUCACUAUUGCGGAAGUACAUGAAGUACAAUAUGAUGUUGUUGAUAUAGUUGCACCAUUAUCACUCGAACCAACAAUUCAUGAUGCAUCUGAGUCAAAUUCAAAUGAAGCAGUAGUUGAAAUCUCACUCAAUGAUCGUGCACUAACAAUCCUAUCAACAGCUGCAUUGCCAAUGAAAAAAACACCAACACGAUACCGUGAAUCAGAAAUUUAUAGGAACUCUCAAGAAUCAUCGACUGUGAGAAAUGAUUCUCAAGUAGAAACAUUGAUACCAAGGCGAAAACAAAAUGUAAUUAAUAAUGAAAUUAUCUAUAGUUUCAAAGCCUCAUCAAGACACGUCGAAUCACCGACAACAUCAUUAUCAUUAUCUGUCCGAUCGGACCCUCACUAUUUUUUUCUUAUUCGACAUGGUAUCUAUUUAUCGACAGGUCGUCGAGAUGAUGGCCUUAUUGAACUAGGUAGAAAGCAGGCGUAUGUAGCAGCUGAAACCAUCGAUGCACUUGCACGUUCAAUAGAAAAUUCUUCGGAUAGAUCAUCUCGUAUUAUUUUUACCGAUCUAAUUCAUUCGAGUUAUAAGCGAGCUUAUCAAACUGGUUUAAUCACAGGCAAUCGUCUUGAAAAAAUACAAAGACUUGAACAAUCAUCUGCCAUUAUCUAUAAACGUUUUAAAUGUUGGAGAGAAAUACAUUCGAUUGACUGUUUUCGAAAACGUUGGCAAAAAAUUCAACGUUUAUUUUUUUCUACAUUCUCAAAUCAUAAAAUGUCAUCAAAAAAUUAUGUUAUUUUUUCGCAUGGUAAUCUUCUCAGCAGUAUUAUUACUUUUCUAAUGUCAGGCGCAUCAUGGGAUUGUUGGCAAUUCGGUAAUAUUGCGCCACAUUGUUCUGUUUCGAUUUUAUCCUAUACACCUGGAGAUGAACUACCUCGAAUUAUAUUACAACCUUUUCAAAUAUUGAAUCAGUCAUUACCAAUAACAAUAAAUAAUAUUAAUCCGAAACGAAUGCAAUUAAAAGAUAUUGUAACAAAUGAAAUAGGUAGCGAAAAAAUUUGGAAAUUAAUCAUAGAUUCUAUUAUUCCAAAACGUGUUGUUGGCUCGUAUACAGAUCAAUUUUCAAGUAUUUCUAAAUUCAUUCCAGAUAAUGAUGAUGAAGCACGUCGUAUAUUAUUUAUUGUUAGUCAAUAUUACUCACACACAAUGAAAAUUAAAAAGAAAUCGAGUAUCAUCGAUUCAAAUCUAGAUAGUGAUAGUGAAGAAGAAGAAGAAGAAGAAGAAGAAAAUGAUAACUAA